UCUUGUGAGGUUUGCGGCGUGUGCGUCGCAGCAACUUUUUUUUUGUUGUAAGAAUAAGAACACAGAAUAUGUCAAAACACUACAAAAUGAAUCCUAUGCAGCCAAUAACACAACUCAUUGAAGUUAAAUCAAAGUUUGACGCCGAAUUUCGGCGGAUCAGCGUGGAGCGCUCUGCGAUGAAGCAGUUCGACGACUUGCACGAGGUGCUGCAGAAGCUGCACCUGCUGGAGGAGAUCGCCUUCACCAUCACCUACUCCGACCCCAAGGACGGCUACCUGCUGCCCAUCAACAACGACGACAACUUCGCCAAGGCGAUCGAGUGUGCGCGGCCGCUGCUGCGUAUCUUCCUACAGAGGAAAGGCGAGAGCGUGCUCUGGGACCUGAGUGGCCAGUCGACACUGAAGCGCGGCAAGUUUCUACCGCAGCUGAUCGGUUCGCCGAGGGUCAAACUGCCGGCCAUCUCGUACCCGGAGAACUUCAGACAGGUGGCUCAGAUUAUCGACGUGGACUCGGUUCCGGAGCGAUGUCGGCGUGUGCGUCUGCUGAAACACGGCUCCGAGCGGCCGCUGGGCUUCUACAUCAGGGACGGCACCAGUCUGAGGGUGACGCCCACGGGACUGGAGAAGGUGCCCGGUAUCUUCAUCUCCCGGCUGGUGCCCGGCGGCCUGGCCGAGAGUACCGGUCUGCUGGCCGUCAACGAUGAGGUCCUCGAGGUCAACGGUAUCGAGGUGGCCGGCAAAACGCUCGACCAGGUGACGGACAUGAUGGUGGCCAACUCGUCCAACCUGAUCGUGACGGUGAAGCCGGCCACUCAGCGGUACCCGCUGGUUGAGCAGGCCCCCGAGCGGGGCGCCAGCGCGCGCACCUCCCAGCUCAGUCACGCAUCCAACCUCUCGGCGCAGUCGGCACGCAGCUCGGACGACGAGCGAGACGACGUCUGUCUGCUGGCGAAUCGCUCCAACGGGGUCCUUCACCUCUGAGGGGGGUGUUCCCGUCACCUACGCGAAGGAGGAGGAGCAGUACUUCAUUAGCUCCUUUGGAGGAGGGCGCAUUGGGGAGCGUUGGCUUCCCUUCGCUCACCUGAUGGUUUGAGUAUUAAAUUAUGCAGUGCAUGAUUGGGAGGGUGCAUUAGUGCCCGAUCAGGAUUAUAGGAUUAUAACAAAUGUGUUGUGCAUCCAAAGGUGGACCAAGUAGAUGAAAAGGUGUCCUCGAUGUCCAAUUAAGUGAGGCAUGUGGCGUGGUGCCAUGCGUUUCUUAGGUAAACAAAGGAGGCGAUUUUCUGCGAUACCCUUCCAAUUCUGCUGUGAGGUGUCGGUGAUUGGUCCUUGAAAUGGUCUGAAAGGGCGACUAUACUUUGUGAUGGUAGAAGAUCAAAUGUGUUUCUACUUUAGUAUGACGAAGUUAGCCUGUUUUCAUCAGUAAACUGAUAGGCUCAGAUUUUACGUAGAUCAUUUCUGUUUUUAAUUUUUCAAGGUUUUUUACAUAGGAUGUGCUAUGUAAUUAAUGAUUCGACUGCAUUCUUUCAGAGAGAUCUGGCUUGCUUAUAUUUAUCCACCAACAAGUUUCACAAAUGGCGUCCACUUUCUAAAAUGUUAAAUCGGUCAUUUGCGCAUUUGUUAAGCCAUCUUAUAUUGCUCAUUAGCUAGCUACCACCAGUGUGUAGUUGAUUUCCAGUGGUGUCCUAUCCGAUCGUCGACAGUAUUUGUGACUCGUGUACGCACAUUCUAGUGCCGGCUCCGUCCAAACGUGCCAGUCUGAAAUCAGACCGUUGAUCCGUCCUUUAGGCCUUGUGCUGAUCGAGUUUCGUAAGGGCGCGGGAAGUGCGGAAUUGCGAUCCUCCAAGUGAUUUAGUGGGUGCUUUAUCACGACUGAGGCUUUUCAGGCUGCGAUGUCCCUCCAACCAGGAGGUGAGGGUGAUGCUACUUCCACAUGUUGAGCAGUGGUGUGAUUAUGCAGAGGUGUGUUGAUGCCGUCUUCAUAAUUACUUCUGAUACGUCGCGAGUGAUGUAGUUUAUGAUGUCUCUGACGUGCCUAGUGCCAGAGGGACUGUCCUCCGGUAGCGCACUGAUUAGAGCUACUUCGGGAUGUUUUCAAGGCUGGGUCU